AUGUUUACUUCUAAGUUUUCUUCUAACAAUGCUAAUGCAAAGCCUAUCAAGAAGAGAAUAGGCUUAUUGACAAGUGGUGGUGACUCGUCGGGCAUGAAUGCCGCAGUAAGAUCAAUCGUAAGAAUUGCCAUUUCGCGUGGCUGCGAAACGUACGCGGUCUACGAAGGCUAUGAAGGAUUAGUACAAGGUGGUGACAUGAUAAAAAAAUUUGAAUGGAGUGACGUUAGAGGAUAUCUGUCCAUAGGUGGAACACUUAUUAGAACUGCUCGUUGCCAAUCGUUUCGUGAGCAUGAAGGUAGACUACUAGCUGCAUAUAAUUUAAUUAAAAAUGGAAUUGAUGCCUUGAUUGUUUGCGGUGGUGAUGGAACGUUAACUGGUGCUGAUACUCUAAGAUCUGAAUGGCCUGAAUUGACAAAGGAUUUAAUUAAAAAUGGUAAAUUAACUGAAGAGGAGGUCGCUCCACACGCCAAUCUCACUAUAGUUGGCAUUGUUUGUUCAAUUGAUAAUGAUAUGGCAUUAACCGAUAUUACUAUUGGUGCUGUGACUUCAUUACAUCGUAUUUGCGAGGCUGUUGAUAGUAUUUCUUCUACGGCUUUUAGUCAUUCUCGUGCUUUCGUCAUUGAAGUAAUGGGAAGGCAUUGCGGAUGGUUGGCAUUAAUGGCUGCUAUUAGCACUGGCGCAGAUUAUGUCUUCAUUCCCGAGCGUCCACCGGAAACGGAAAAGUGGAAGAAAGAAAUGUGUGAAUCAUUAGAAAAGCAACGCAAAGCUGGUAAACGCAAUACAAUAAUAAUAGUAGCAGAAGGCGCUAUUGACGACAAUCUAAAACCUAUCAAAGCGGAUGAUAUAAGAAAACUCUUGGUUGAUGUACAUAUUGACACGAGAGUCACGACAUUAGGGCACAUUCAACGUGGUGGUAGGCCAUGCGCUUAUGAUCGGAAUCUUGCUACUCUACAAGGCGUUGAAGCUGUAGAAGCAGUUCUUCGAGCAACGCCAGAUACACCAUCUCCAAUGAUUAGUGUAAGAGAGAACAAACUCGUAUGCGAACCAUUAAUGAAAGCUGUUGAAUUGACUCAUCAAGUUGGUGAAGCUAUUGCAGAAAAGAAUUUUCGUAGAGCAAUGGAAUUGCGCGACCCAGAAUUCUCUGAAGGUUAUGAAGCGUACUUGUCUACGACCUUUAUGAAUAAUAAAACGGCAUCGAAAGGAAAUCAUAGUCUAAAGAUAGGUAUAAUUCAUAUUGGUGCACCUGCUGGAGGAAUGAAUGCAGCGACACGUGCUGCUGUUCGAGUUUCUAUUAAUCGUGGUCAUAAACCUAUCGCUAUAUAUAAUGGUUUCACUGGUCUUUUAAAUGAAAAUGUCCGUGAACUUAAUUGGUUAGAUGUUGAUGACUGGACAUCAAAAGGUGGAUCAGAGCUGGGCACAACUAAAGUUGAAGCAAAUAAUUUAGAGUUGAUUGCAUGUCAAUUACAAAAGCAAGGAAUAAAUGCUUUACUUCUCAUUGGAGGUUUUGAAGCUUAUAGUUCAUUGAUAAAAUUAACUGAAGCUAGGGAUAAAUAUCCUGCUUUCUGCAUUCCUAUGGUGUGUAUUCCGGCAACUAUUUCGAACAAUGUACCAGGCACUGAAUUUUCGUUAGGUAGCGACACAAGUUUAAAUGCUAUAGUUGACAGCUGUGAUGUCAUCAAGCAAUCUGCCUCCGCAUCUAGAAGACGUGUGUUCGUUGUAGAAGUACAGGGUGGUAAUUGUGGUUAUUUGGCUGUGAUGGCUGGGCUUGCGGUUGGUGCUACAAAUAUAUACGCUCCAGAAUAUGGUUUGUCCCUUAAAACUCUUCAAGAGGAUGUGAAUCAUUUGGUUCGCAGAUUUGGUGCAGAUACAAAAAGGACUAGUUCUGGACGUUUAAUCCUUAGGAAUGAACGGGUAUCGAAUACAUAUACGACCGACGUUAUCGCAAACAUCAUGCAGACUGAAGGUAAAGGACUCUUUGAUUCACGAACUUCUAUUCUGGGGCACAUUCAACAAGGUGGUUCACCUUCACCGAUGGAUCGAAUUCGAGCAAAAACGUUUGCUGUAAAAUGCGUGUCCUUUUUAGAAAAACAUGCGCAUUUUUCCAAUCCAUCUGAGAAAAUGAAACUCCCAGAGGUUUAUACAAAGGAUCCAGAAUCUGCUGCUGUUAUUGGAAUUAAAGGCGCACAAAUCUUGGCAGAAGAAACCGAGUUUGAGAAGCGUAAGAGUAAGAAGGCGUGGUGGAUAAAUGUGAAACCUCUGGUGGAAUUAUUGUCAAAAUGGGGAUACUCUGAUAGUGAGCCAAUAGAGGGAGAUAUGAAUAUUGGUUGUGAUCUUAUCAGUUCGGAUUAG